AUGUAUGGAAAUCUAAAACAAAAGAUCUCUAAUGAACUUUCCGCACAUGUCAUCAAAAUUCUCAUCGAUCUUGGUAUACUAAAUAAUAUACCGGGAAAGAGGUCACUUCAUGACCAGAUCUCUACUGAACUUAAUGAUAAAUUUGACACAUGUAUUUCCGAUAUUAAUUCUAUUUUCACUGAGAAGCUCGACAGAAUCAAUAAUGAUCUUAAUAAUAAACUUACCGCGGAAAACAAGGCACGUGAUGAUGACUUCACUAAGGAGACACAGAAAAUCUUUUCAAUGAUCAGUACUGUUACUGAAAGGCUUGAUAGGAUCGAAGAAGCCUGUCAUAAUGAUUUUGGAAACAUUUCGUCCGAAUUUACAUCAAUCAAAGCUUCUAUUGAAAUUCUUCAAAAUGAUUUGGCCCAACGUUAUGCGGUUGUCCAAAGAGCCAAUUUCGAUCAACAAAGCGUGUUCAAUGAAUCUGAAACUAAUGAAUCUGAAUUGGGAAGUUCGCUAAACUCUGCCUCAGCUUCAACUAGUUCAAGCUCUUCAUCUGAAGGUUCCAAUUUAUCUGGAAUUUUUGAUAUUACUGGAGAUAUUAGAAUCCGCUUUAAACAACACUUUGAUCGACUUAUGAAGGCGAGGAAUUAUACUUCUGAUGAGAUGUUUAUCUCGGUAGCGGUAGAUAUUCGUGGUCUUGGAGGGAAUAUUAAAAUCUCAACAGUGAAAAAUUUUUAUAGUGGUGUUGGUCGUAGUACAGUUAGUACUGUUAAUCAGAUAAACGCAUGGGUAGCUAGUUUUAAUAAUAAUGCGGAGUAG